UAGUUGGGGUUUUUUUUUGUUGCUUAUUAUGAGUUUAUUUUCAAACAAAGUGGAUAUGGGUGUGAAAACCAUCUGGCAGUCUGUGGAAUUUGACAGGGAUGAAGAUGGCAGUGACGACUCAACAGAGACUCAAGAACUAUCAGAAGUAGACUCCGAGGAAGCUCUGGCUGUUAUAAACUGGCUGAACAACUACACUGUUAGUUCGUUCUUCGAACCUGUUGAUUUGAUGUGGAUUGGGUUGAAACGAACUUACGGCUGCGCUGAUGUUUCCAUUAAAAAUAUUAUGGACUCCACCAGAUCGAAACAUCAAGAGUUUGAUUACGAGGAGGUUGACACAUCGGUAGACAGCCUACAACGCAAAGCAGCAGCUGUGAGGGAAAACUCUUCACUCCUAGAGAUUAAACUGCAACAGCUCUGCAGGCAAAUCAGAGAGGACACCACAAAGAAGUACAAGAAGAUCAAACCAGAUUUGACCAAGAGGCUGAGGAAGACAAGCCUAACAGAGAAGACUGGCUCUUUGCACUUGCACAGCAGCAACCAAAGCCUAUACCAGAUGUUCGAGUAUGUGGUUGCCAUUGUGUCGGAUCUGGAAGUGAUGAUCACCGAUAUGGUCAAUGCCAUCGAAUGGCCGCCAAGCAUAGAGGGGGUACAAGAGAGGGGCCCUGCGACCUCCAGGAAAGAAUCCGAGAUUAGAAACAGCCCCCAGAACACCAAAUCCCUAUCAACAGUCUUAGAGGAAGUCAGAAAAACACUAGUAGAUUUCAACAGAGAGUAUCAUCAGGACAGUAUCCUGACUGACGAGGUGUUCAGGCAGACAGACAAGGCUAAGGACAAGAUGAGCAAUCUGGUGCAUCAAUGGGAAAUCAGUCAAGAGCAAGAGUCCAGUUUGCAUAAAAUGCUUGGUGAUUUCAGAGCAGAGACAAAUGAUGUUUCCAUCAGCAUGAAUGAGUCGUCCGAAACUGUUGUGAAAAUCGCAACAGAUACAAGUGAUCUUCCAAGGGUACGGUCCCUGCUGGAAUCUAUACUGACUGAGCUGCAGAGAGCAAACGAGCUGAGUCACAGAAGCAGCUAUUUACUGACCAAGCCCAAGAGUGGAGAUGUUAUUGCGCGUGGCUUCAGUGCAGAAGCAGUGCAGCAAGUCCUGAAGAAAUCCACGUCCUCUAUAGCAGAAGAAAUUCACCGCUUGGAGGAGAGCUCGUACAAAGAAGUUAGAGGCUGGAGGCAAAAAGUAGAGGACCUACGGCUGCAACUACACCAGGAGCAUUUCCGCUGCUGCGCAAUGGAAUCUGAAAUCCGUCUGCUCAGGGAUGAAAUUAUUCGCCUGCAAAAACAUCUAUUUUACCAGCAGCCGACUGAAACCUUUAAAAAGUGUGACAUAGAAGAUAUCUUCAGGAACAUUUGCGACAUCUGCGAUCGAGUGCAGAAACUCAGCCAAGGACCUGGUGUCUCCUCACAAAGCAGCAGGAACAGCUGCAGCACCCCCUCAGCUCACCGGGUCCGCCUCGCAGAAGAACCUACUGCCGAAUUCUCUGGAGACAAAAACAUCCGAUCGCACACCAACGGGAACUAGAGGCUAUGGCCUCGCAACUGGGCUUGCAAGCAUGUUUGUGCUAGCUUCUGGUGACCACUCUCUGUAUAUGUUUCUGUCUGUUCUUAUAAACUGAAUAAAUGUUUUACUAGUUAAUGUUACUCUACAAAGCUCUGUUGCCUAGCAGCAAGUAGGAAAACGGUUGUUAAUCG